AUGAAUAAACCCGAGCGACCUGAGGACCAUCUCAGGCGGCUGCGGCCUGUUGUGCUGGUGAGACGCGCGGAUGCGGCUGGGUUCUUUGCGAAGCGCGGGAUGGAGGUUCUGGAUGUGGUUUGUACCGCGGAUUUGGGGGUUUUGAGGGCUAAGUUGAAAGAGGUGGGCGAGGAGUUGGUGCGCGCGCUUCAGCCUGGUGGCACGCCGGUGCACUAUGAUUUGCUCUCUGGGACGCCGCUUGCGCUGCCGCGGUUGCGGGACAAGUCUCCCCGUGUCACAGUGGUGCUGUUCCGGCUGUGCAAUUGGGUGCAUGCCGCUGAGCGGCGGGAGAUUGAGCGCGCGUUGGGGGAGGCGUUCCGAUUGGUGCGGGAGGGGUCGCGGCGUCGGCGGUCGCGGCUGUGUUUCCGCUGA